GCUGAAAUGAACUAGGUAAACAAAUCGAUAAUGUGUAAUAACCUCUGUGUAAAGUAAGCUGUGAAUUAAAAUUGGUUUUAAAAUGUGCCACUACAAAUUUGUCAUGAAUUCCGUGAGUUAUUGCAAAAUAUUGGGCGGUAAAAUGUGAUUUUGCCUUUUGUAAUGGCUGUCACCUAUAUCAUAAUUCAUCCCUCCCCUUACACAGGAAUGCAGCUGGACACAGGAGCUCCCUAUGUGCUGUACAAGGAUGGGAUGGAGCGGGGCGGCAUGCAGUUGCCAGGGAUGCAGUGGGGGACCCCCACAGUGGGGGUGGGGGACACAUACAUACCCCCGCAGGGCUCAUCUAGCUCUGGCAGUCCUCCUGUCACUCCUCAUCCUCACGAGGCUCCUACGCCCUCCCCAUACACCGAGCCUGUCAACCAUACACUGCAGGUGAAUGGAACAUCACAACAAGAAGACGACUUAGUCAAUCAGUCGGUCGUCCAACAACAAAUGGUGCAGAGUCAGCAACAACAGGCCCAAACGAUCCAACAAACGCAAACUAUGCAGCAGCAAACACAGAGUAUUCAGCAACAGACACAAAGUAUACAACAGACACAAAGUAUACAACAAACACAAGCAAUACAGCAAAGUCAAUCAUUACAACAAACACAGUCGAUACAAACUCAGGAUAUGCAACAGAUGCAACAAGAUAUGUUACCUCAGCAACAGACGACGUUGCAAAGUCAGCAAGUUCAGGUGCAACAAGACCCGGUUCAAGUGCAUCAGCAACUAGCAGUUCAACAACUAGUAGUGCAACCUCAGCAAACGCAACAAGAACAUUCACCCAAUGGACUGCUGGAGCCGGACAGACAGUGCUUCUCCAUGCAGCCGGAUAUGUCCCAGUACUACACCCGGCCACACAUGCUCAGUCCGGGCAGCUUCAUGUCGUAUCUCAAGCAGCCAGGAGUCAUGCUGACAACGCUCAAUGCGGUGGACGCGACCAACGACUUCUCCAACAUGCCAGACCUCGUCAACCAGCAGACUGUCAACGGGAAACUGGGAAAAUCCGAACUUCGGCUCUUCAAGUGUCUCACCUGUGGGAAAGACUUUAAGCAGAAAUCAACGCUUUUGCAGCACGAGCGUAUACACACGGACUCGAGGCCCUACGGAUGCACGGAGUGUGGGAAACGAUUCAGGCAGCAGUCGCACCUCACGCAGCACUUGAGGAUACAUGCCAACGAGAAGCCCUUCGCCUGCGUGUACUGUGAGAGGACCUUCCGGCAGCGAGCGAUCCUCAAUCAACACCUGCGCAUUCAUUCGGACGUCAGUCCGCACUUGGUUUACAAGAACGGACAGUUGUGGCCUCAGGACGUUCCGUUCCCCUCGGAGAAGGAACAAGGCUACGAGAACGGAGACAUUCAAGGAUUUUCUCCUGACAACCAGUUUCCUGCGUACUUCAAAGAUGCCAAAGGGAUGACACAUGGCGUGUUUGGUCAAGGCAAGAUGUUGCCUGAUGUGAUACAACACGGCCGCAGCGCCGGCAUGCCACUCUACGUGCGUUGUCCGAUCUGCCAAAAGGAGUUCAAACAGAAGUCAACGUUACUGCAACACGGCUGUAUACACAUAGAGUCCAGACCCUACCCUUGCGGCGAGUGCGGGAAACGGUUCCGACAACAAUCGCAUCUAACGCAACAUCUGCGCAUCCACACCAACGAGAAGCCCUACGCUUGUAUAUACUGUGGCCGGAACUUCCGUCAGAGGACCAUCCUCAACCAGCACGUCCGGAUACACACCGGCGAAAAGCCUUACAAGUGCAACCAGUGUGGGAAAGACUUCCGGCAGAAGGCCAUUCUUGAUCAACACACGCGAACGCACCAGGGCGACCGACCGUUUUGUUGCCCAAUGCCCAACUGCCGAAGACGUUUCGCGACUGACCAGGAGGUGAAGAGGCACAUCGAGAACCAUAUGAACCCCCACGCCAGCAAACGCAGAAUGGAUGUGAAGCAAAGAGCGUCCCCUAACGUUACCGUCAACACUGUGGUUAAACCGGAACUUUACUUCCCGCAGUGCUACUCAAGCGCCCCAGUCUACCAGUACGCUCCCUCCCCCCAAAUGCAGGACUUUAAGCCUCCUCCCUCCUUGCCCCCCACCCCCACUGUGGUCCAAUGACUAGUGGCCGAGACUGACAGUAAACCCUUCGAUGCUCUUCCUUGCUGGCCCUUAGAAAUCACAAAUAUUUAGAUCUAUAAUUUGUUAUACCAUCACAUAAAAGGCGCUUAAAAUGCAAAAAUAUUUAUGCCUAAAUUUUGUGUAGUAAUAUACCCAGUUUUACAAGUAACCAGAAUUCUAUGAGUGAGAUACAAAAUUUGUGAGUUGCAGCUAUUGCUUGAACAAUCUUAGACUAAUAGUUUAAUUUUUAAAUAAAACUUUAAGAUUUUUAUCUAAAUAGUUUGGGAUAUUCUUUAGUACCUGUAAUCAAAUUACAGUACCUGUAAAACUUUAACUAGUUUCAGUAUUUUUUAAUAAAAUGAUCUGUUCUAAAAGAUUAAUAUUAAGUUAAACACGUUUCAUAUAACAUUAGUAAAAGAGUUGAGAAAUUCACUACCAAUAAGGUGACUGACACUUAGAAAUACUCUCCUUAAUCCCAUCUCAUUGUGAUAUUGCAACUACAUACACUCAAAUAAUAUUUUAACCAUCUGCAUUAAAUAUUUAAAAUCUAGACUGAUUUGAAAUAGUUUAACAUAUGGUGCUAACAGCACUAUGAGCAAUAUGUGAACGUGUGAUAUCAGAAGAACCAUAUUCUAUUGGUAGUUCUAGGAUAAGUUAGUGCCUGUGAGAAGGAAGUCGGGGUAUCCAAGAUUUUCACAAACGUAAAUAUUGUGAAGAAUGUCCUCUUAUAUUAUUAGAUAAAGACGUUAAAAGACAGGGUUAUUAUGUAAUAUCGAAUUAGGUUUACCUAGACACUUUUAUAGCUUUAAAAUACGGUAUACUAUUUGAUUUAUAAGUUCACUUUAAGUGAAUCAAAAUAGUUUUAUCCAAGUUUGAGAUACUUGCCAAUAUUUUAGAGUUGUUUCAGUUUUAAAAUAUUUUAAAUUGUUUAUAUGUUGUUUAAAGUGUGGUGACAGUGUUUUAAAACGUGCAAUAUUAAGUUGUUAUAGAGUUAAAGUGUGAUUGUAUCGUCUCUAAUUUUAUUAAGUUUAAAAGAUACAAAUUAGUUAUGCUUCUUGACCUGCUAUUUCAUUGAUUUGAAUGGAAAUACCUUUUUUUUACAAAUCUUUAUUGGUGCCACUACUAUUUAUUUUUGUUAAAAUGUAUUAAUAGUGCAAUCAAGUUAUUUCAAAUUGAAUACAGUAUAUAUAUUUUUUUAUUUACUUGUUAAAUAAGGAAGAUCCUUAAUAUAAGGAUUCAUAUUGAUACAAAAUUAAUCGCUUUGUUUAACGGAGCAAAGCGAAGCUCUUUGGGAUCGGCUUCAAUGCAAACUUUCUAACACAAUCACUGAAUAUAGGCUGAACAUGUCUUAGGAAAACUUACUAAGGUUGUUUCAACAAAUGUUUGGAAGGUUUAAGACGAAACAAUUUCAAUUUUUGAUAAUGCCUAUGAUAAUUUAAAAAAACAAAAAGUAGCUCAAAGUUUUUAAAUUUUAACAUUGGCCUUAUGGGUUGCCAUGAUGGUUACAAAAUAUUGACGUAAAUGUAAACUAAACAAAGAAUCAGAGGAUAUGUUUAAAAUAAAGCUAAUAUACGGCCUAAACACAGUACAAAGUAUAAACAUUCAGAUGAUGACCACUGAUCAAACAGUACAGAGAAAAUAUUACACACCAUUUGGAAACUACCACUUAUCGUAUGUACAGUAUUUUACAGAUUUUAUCCAUUUAAUCUAAAUAAGGUUAUAAAAAAUAAUAUUUUUCUUUUGUGAUUGGGAAUUAUAACAACUAAGUUACAUGAAUUAGCAGUGAAAGUGACAGCAUUGUUAAACUCGCUCCUUAAUAAAGUUUUAUUCAGUUGUAGGCCAUGAUGUUAGAUUUACACUUAGUACUUACCAUUCUAGGAAAUCUUUGUGCAAUGAACUGCCACCACACAAUGUGUAUAUAUUUUAUAAAAAGACGUUAUAUCCCUGUAAAUAAUUCACAGUAUUUUAUUGUAAAAUUUUAGACUGUUAAUGUUUUAUCUUAAUCUUAAGUAUUGUACAAAGCUCAAGAAAUAUUUUUACUUUAGAAUGAUACUGUAAGAUUAGUAAGUGAAAGAGCAUGUAGGUUUACGUGUUUAUAAAUUUGGGAUUCCAUGUUUGAAAAAUAACUUUUUGUAGGUGAUCCAAUGUUUUUUUUCUUCUUCCAUUGUUUGUUAUGGUACAUAGAAAACUAUUUAAUUUGGGUAAAGUUACCAUUAGCUUAAAUUCACAUGACUGUAAAAAUAUAUAAUCUUGAUUGUUUCUUAAUCCACAACAGGAUCUCUUAAAACCUUUACUUAAAACAAAAUUUCAAAACACAAAAGUCAUUAACAGUUUCAGUUUUAAAAUAUGCAAUUUAACUAAAUUUGUUGUGGAACCUCUUUCAUUCUAUUUUUCACAUAUGGAAUUCCACCUAUUACCAUUUUUCUUGUCUCGCAAUUUUAAUGUACAUUGAGGCGGUAUAAUACUCAGUUGUUAUUGUGUUGUUUUAAGUUUCUCGUUCAUACGUAAGUCGGCUAGUUGUUGUUAGUUCUACGUUCCCAGAGUGAGCGAUUGGUAAGUUGUGAUAAUUUAUGCAAGCCAUGGUGCUCUCUUUUAAAUACCCGUUAGUUUAUCGGUUUGUUCUAAACAAAUGUUGAAUUUAAGGGUAGCUUUGACCCUUUAAACUAAGGAAGCUGAAGAUUAUCUAAGAUUCUGAUUUGAAACCAUGUAAAAUAUACCGGAAUCCACUUUUGAUUUCUCUUGAACCUCACAUUAGAUAACAAUUCUCAACGUUUCCCUCCCGUUUCGAAUCCUUUGUGGCCUCGGAUGGUUGGAAAGUUCACGUUUGUAUGAUUUUCCUACCACACCUACCUUGUUUGUUCGUAGCCUAUAAUCAAAUGAGAUACAGUUAAUCUAACACUGUUGCAUUUAUUGUUUUUGGUGUUCCAUUAUUGUUCAGUAUCCUACUGUUUCACAAAUUUGUUACACAUAAUGCGUGGUAUUGAAUGUAUUCAUUCAUUUUUUACCAAAAUUCUGAACUAUCUAUUCUCGAGGUAUCGCAAACAAGGAGUCCACUAAAACAUCAUUUUGAUAUCAAAUUAGUUGUCAUAUAUUCCAUCACAAUAUGUUGUUAUCUCGUAGGUUAGGUUAGGUUUGUGCCAUGUUAAUGUUCGUUAACUGUCAGACUGAGAUUGUGAUGAAUCCUCACUCUGGGUAAGGUCCUGCCAUAUGAUUGAUUGCCGUGGAACCCGCUUUUGCACAAAACUAACUUUUAAACCAAACUUCCAGUAGCAAUCAAAAUGUGAACAUUGAAAUAACUAAAGUUAUCGCAUAUUUGAGUAAAAAACUAGCUAUAUUGAUUGUUACUGCCAGAGCCAGGAAAUACUGUUGUUCACUUCAUACAGAUAUUUAUUUAUGCAAAACACCUUAUUUAAAAAUCUUAGAACUGUUGCCAUAUUACAAAAUGGUAAUUUAUUAUUUUACUAUUUGUGGGGAGGAAAAAUGCUUUAACACUCACACACACAGUAAUCAAUCGCACAUUUAGGAUGAAAUGCAAAACUCUUGCUUAGCAGACUGCAACCACCUCUCUGUUAAACACAGUUUUUAAAUGGUUCGACUCAAAAUAGUCCACCAGUUGUAUCACCUGCGAUUUAUAGAAUUUGUCGCACAAUCUUGGCCAUAAGCUUUAUAAACAUUCUUCUUCUUUACUUCAUGUGGUAAAACAUAUUUUUCUCUCAACUGCAACAGCGGCGGUUCCAUGGCUCGUCACCAUCCUUCCAUUAGUUUGUAAGCAUCGAGGUUCCCUGAUAUUGCUUUUUAAGUGUCUCAUGGAUACUUUAUAUUUUUAUAAAGUUACUAAUAGGUUGUAUAUAAAGUAAGUUUAUGUGUUUGUUUACUUAAGUCCUCAAAUUGAUUUAGGUUUACGAUGAUUUUUAUACUGAUAUUAUCUAGAUUAGAUUUUGAUCUCGAAAGAGUUUGAUUCAAAGAACGAUCUUGUUUGUUGGUUGUAGGUAUUCACAAAUUUAUUUUAAUCAUAAGUUUAACUAAAGAACUUUGCUAUUAAAAUCGGUUUUGAACUUGGUUAGGCAUGUUUAGAAUUUCCAUGUAUUAGGUAUGAAAAUGAAAUUAGACACAACAAAGUAAACUAUUAAAAAAUUUUCCAUGAUGAUCAAAUAAAAAAAACUUUUUUUUAAAUUUUAUGUCUACAAUAUUUGAAUAGUAUUUCAAACAAUACACAUUUAGUUCCCUUUUGAUAAUUUCACUUACCAUAGUUUUUAGUUAUUUAGUCUUUGAGUUACCAAACCUUCAAGCAAGAUGGUUUCAAACUAAUUUUCCUUUUCAUGUAUUGUUUGUUCUAAAUUCUGAUGAUGUACAAAAGUCCCUUUUGGGCGUACAAUCACGGAUCAAGCUAAUCUGAAAAUACAGGAUAACUCUUAGGAUUAUUUUAGCUCAUCUCAAAUGCAGAUAUAAACACUCUUUUUUAUACCAGUUAUCUUGAACCUGUUCCUAUGUUAAUAUAACUCAAGAAAUCACCAUUCAACAUUUUUAGCGACUAUAAAGUCUCUUUAUUUUAAAGCUAUAAUUUACAGUUAAAUAUUUUUUAACUUAGGCCUACAUGUAUUUAUAUUUUUCAAACAUAAAUAAAUAUUAAAUAUUAUGAUGAGCUGCCAAAAAUGUUGAGUUUUAAGGGCAAAUUUUGCAAUGCAUUCAGCAUAGAUUGCUGCCAUAGACUUGAUUUAUGUGAAAUUCUCUUUAAAUCUUGUAAGACAUCCUAAAAUGGUGAUUAAAA